GUGUGUGUGUGCAGACUGAAACUGUACUUCGUCAAGCUAUCAGUGAAAGGAUUCGCCCAGUUCUGUUCAUGAACAAAAUGGACUUGGCUCUGCUCACUUUGCAGCUUGAGAUGGAAGACUUGUACCAGACCUUCCAGCGCAUCAUUGAAAAUGUCAACGUAAUUGUUGGUACAUACUGUGAGGAUGAAGGCCCCAUGGGAGACAUUCAGGUGGAUCCUAAGGUCGGUACUGUUGGAUUUGGAUCAGGCCUUCAUGGCUGGGCUUUCACCUUGAAAGAUUUUGCCAAGCUGUACUCUAGCAAGUUUAAGAUUGAGGAGACCCAGCUGAUGAAGAGACUUUGGGGCAACCAGUUCUACAAUGUCAAGGAUAAGAAGUGGUCCAAGGAGGAGACUGCUGGGUGUGUCAGAGGUUUUACCAAUUACAUUCUGAAGCCCAUCUAUGAGAUCUUCAGUCACUGCAUGACUAAGACCAAGGAGGAAGCUGUUGCACUUGUGGAGAAACUUGGUGUGAAACUGACUCAUGAGGAUAAAGAGCUGGAGGGAAAGCCUUUAUUGAAGACUGUAAUGAGGAAGUGGCUGCCAGCUGGUGAUGCCAUGUUGCAGAUGAUUGUGAUCCACUUGCCCUCACCUGUCACUGCUCAAAGAUACAGAGCUGAGUUGCUGUAUGAAGGACCCCUUGAUGAUGAAUGCUGUACUGCUGUCAAGAACUGUGAUCCUAAAGGUCCACUCAUGAUGUACAUUUCCAAGAUGGUGCCAACCACUGACAAGGGCCGCUUUUAUGCAUUUGGUCGUGUUUUCUCUGGAAUUGUAUCCACAGGACAGAAAGUCAGGAUUAUGGGACCCAACUACCUGCCAGGAAAGAAGGAAGACUUGUAUGAAAAAACCAUCCAAAGAACAAUCCUCAUGAUGGGUCGUUACACUGAGUCAAUUGAAGAUGUCCCAUGCGGCAACAUUUGUGGUCUUGUUGGUGUUGAUCAAUUCCUCGUCAAGACAGGAACCAUCUCCACCCACAAGGAUGCUCACAACAUGCGUGUCAUGAAGUUCAGUGUCAGCCCCGUUGUGCGUGUUGCAGUUGAGUGCAAGAACCCAGCUGAGCUGCCCAAGCUUGUGGAAGGUCUGAAGCGAUUGGCAAAAUCUGAUCCUAUGGUCCAGUGUAUCAUUGAGGAGUCUGGAGAACACAUCAUUGCUGGAGCUGGUGAACUUCACUUGGAAAUCUGCUUGAAGGACUUGGAAGAGGAUCAUGCUGGCAUUCCCAUUAAGGUUUCCGAACCUGUUGUGUCAUACAGAGAGACUGUCAGUGCAGAAUCUGACAUCAUGUGUUUGGCCAAGUCUCCCAACAAACACAAUCGUCUCUUCAUGAGAGCUGCACCGCUUCCUGAUGGACUCGCUGAAGCCAUUGACAAGGGUGACAUUGCCCCAAGACAAGAAGUGAAAGAACGUGCCCGUAUCUUGAGCGACAAGUACGAGUUCGAUGUCACAGAAGCAAGAAAGAUUUGGUGCUUCGGCCCUGAGGGAACUGGACCUAAUCUGUUGGUUGACUGCACAAAGGCCGUCCAGUACUUGAAUGAGAUCAAGGACAGCGUUGUUGCUGGCUUCCAGUGGGCAUCUAAAGAGGGAGUACUGUGUGAAGAGAACAUGCGUGGAACACGCUUCAAUGUGUACGAUGUGACUCUGCAUGCUGAUGCUAUUCACCGUGGUGGUGGUCAGAUUAUCCCAACAGCCAGGCGAGUCAUUUAUGCUGCUGCACUCACUGCCCAGCCCCGCCUCAUGGAACCAGUGUACCUGGUUGAGAUUCAGUGUCCUGAUCAAGCUGUUGGUGGUAUUUUUGGAGUCCUGAAUAGACGUCGUGGUGUUGUAUUUGACAACCAGCAGAUUGGAAACACACCACAGAUCACUGUCAAAGCCCAUAUGCCUGUCAAUGAAUCUUUCGGCUUUACUGCUGAUCUCCGCUCUAACACUGGAGGACAGGCUUUCCCACAGUGCGUGUUUGACCACUGGCAGAUCAUGCCCGGUGACCCCAUGGAUCCAACAUCCAAGCCUGGACAGAUUGUUGCAGACUCCCGUAAGAGGAAAGGUCUGAAAGAGGGUAUCCCACCACUUGACAACUUCCUGGACAAAAUGUAA